AUGGGGUGUAAAUCUAGCAAAGCUUUCAAAGAGAAAGAGCCCACUUUUGACAUUGAUGCCAAAGCCCCCGGUGUCGUUAAUACUUUUAAGGAUGACGUGCCGCCCAGCCAGGAUAAAAGGCCUCCUCGAACCACUGCUUCCAAACCUGUGCCACCGAGUACACAAUACAGAGGAGCCCAGUCUGAUACGAAUGCCUACUUGGUUUCUGGAACUAAUCCUGCGAUGAAUCCAAUUUAUUUCCCUACUCCGGUCGUUGACCCUGCCCCCUCCCAUAGUGGAGGGUGCCACAGUGGAGAUGGCCAUGCUAACGGAGGAUACAGUGGAGGGAGUAAUAGCGGAGGUGGAGGGUAUAGCGGUGGGUGUGACAGUGGUGGGGGAUACAGCGGCGGAGGAUACAGCGGUGGAUGUGAUAGUGGUGGUGGUUUCAGUUCAUCGAGUUUCUGA